AUGCUCGGUGAGGGGGACGACACGUCUCCGACGAAGACGUCUACGAGAACGUUUGCCGUUUACAUAGGGGAAGAGCGCGUGAAUCGGGUGGUGCCGACGAGCUAUUUGAAGCAUCCUCUAUUCAGGAUGCUCCUUGACAAGUCACGUGACGAGUUUCACUGUUCCGACCAGAAGGUUAUAUUGGUCGUUCCUUGUAGCCUCUCUGCGUUUCAAGAUUUCGUAAACGCCAUCGAGACUUGUAAUGGAAACUUCGAUUUCGGCGAUAUUGUUGAGGAGUUUCUUUGA